GUUGGAGUGCAUUAUUUUGCCAACAGUAUAUCCUCCUGCAAGACAUCAAGUCACAAAAAUUUGGCAGGACUACUUGUAACUUACUUUUACUAGUGACAUUGUAGCAUAGAGUGUCACGUGUCAAAAGUUGUUAUUKCAACGCAGUUAAAAUAAUUAACAUAUCAGCAGGGCAAAAAAACUACGUCUGAAGGAAGAACAAUAUUAAAAAGUAGGCUACAUAGACGACAGAAGACAAUAAUGACGUGGGAAUUAUACAGCAGAGAAACUUUACGGAUCCAUUUGCUGCUGAGGUUUCUGCUCUAUUUUCACCUGGCGACCGUGGUUGGAGCCAAUGGAGACGUGGCCCAUCCUCACACCCGCUUGACUGUCACCGCCCCCCACCUUUCCUACAUCUGCGAGAAGGGUGCCAACGUCACCCUGCUCUGUGCCCAGAGAGGUGCCAAGCUGCAKCCCUUGGACCGCCUGCAUCAAAGCUGGCUCUUCACCCCCCACUCAGCUGAGCAUUGCCAUGACAAGGUGCACCCCCGCGCCCACAAUCACAAGGGCAAUUAUUCCCGUGCGGCGCUUCCUUGGGGGGUACAGUACGGGUCAAGCGAAGAGUCUUUCUGGGUGCAACUGCAGCUCGUCACCGAAUCUGACCAAGGGCGCUACUGCUGCCUCUCCCUGGAUAUAAACAAUGGCAAGGUGGUGCAGAGGACGCAUAGCCACGUCUUUCUCACUAUCACACCUUGGAAAAGCGACGAGGCGAAAUGCACUCAAUUGGACAUCAAGCCAUCAGAAGGGUCAGUGACUGCAGGCCUGGCCACAGCUGCAUGCAUCAUGGCUAUUCUCUCUUUGCCCCUCAUCCUGGUGUUAGUGUACAAGCAAAGGCAAUCUGCCCAGUCCAGCCGACGUGCACACGAGCUGGUGAGAAUGGACAGUGAGGCUGCUGGCCAUGAGAACCCAGUGUUUCUGGGGGGCUCACCCCCGGGCCAGGCUAAGACCAGGACUGUGUCUCAAAUCAUGACCAGGCAGUCCUCAGAGACAGGCCGACACCUGCUUCUGUCCGACCCUGGCACCCCCCUAUCUCCUCCCGUACACGGAGUCGUCUUCUUCCCAGAACAGGAGCCCGUCCUAGAGUCUCCUGAUUUCCUGCAAAUGUAGAGAGAAGCAGUCAAUGGCUCCCUAACCCAGAAACUCCUUGUGGUUAGUUAUUCAUCUUCGCUCUGCCAUGUCACCCUGAAGCCUGUCUCACAACCUUCUGUGCUGGGAGAGCUCUCUCGCUGUGUACCGCAUCAUGGAUGGAUGGGAGAAGGAAGGAGGGGACAGUUUCAUCUAAAAAUAAAUGUUCCACCUGCAACAACAACUGGAGGAGGCCAAAGAGGGGGAGGGAUUUGUUCUCGACACUUGUGUUGCAGUGGGGGGCCCGCUAAGCAUGUGAUGCACCAUCUGACCACUGACGACAGCUCAAGGACCAGCAGGUGCUCCUGAUCUGAUGUCCCAGGACUGUACUGAGGGGAGUGUGGGUGCGAGGUGGGCUGUAGAGGAUACAAAGCAGCUCCUGUGGACUCUUGAUGAUAUGCUCCUCACCAUUUCCCUCGCCAUUUUCCCCAAAAGAGAUUUCCCCCAUAUAGGGCCUGUUCCCCGGACACAGAUUAAGCAUCAAUUUAGACAUUUGUUUUCCCCUAAUAUUUGUCAAACCUAUUUUCAGUGGCAAUUGACGAGACUGACUAAACAGACGUAGAAAAAAAACGAACUGAACGAAAGUGAUUUUUCAUUUCAGUUGACUAAAAUGAGACACGACAACAUUAUCUCUGUGAUUAAAAUCGGACUCUUUAGUGGACAGGACAAUAGUUUUUGAACAAAUCUAGCACUUUUCAGUGAUAAGCACAAUUAAUAUAAGCAGGACAGAUGCAGUUCUUUUCAGCAGUGGGAAGGAUGCACCACACCCGGCACACACAGCCUACAUCAGCUGGUGAGCUGGGGGGGAGCAAGCCAUGCYUGUGGACAGGCUUCGCUCCAGCUCCGUCUCCGAUUAUACACAUUGCGCAGGCAACUCUUUUUGAUUUCCCGUAGCUAACCAGUCACCACCAGCCUUCUAGUCAGCUACCGUUUGCCUGGUUAAGAAACACAAGCUGCUUUACAAAAUGCAAAACAAUAGCAGCAUUGAGUUUAAUAGUAAAACUACAGUCUAGCUACGUUCUUCUCUUCCUUGAGUAGAGAAAAGUAGGCUGUUUUUAGAAUUUGUAGUCUCGCGCAACCCUCCCACCUUCCCCACUGCCUUUCAUAGGCAGGUUCUGUAGCCAAGUCUCCCUCUUUUCCUCAGAGAAAACGCUUGAUGCUAGCCCUUACUGUUCAAAAGAUAUGACCCGGGUCUAUGUUGUCUCUUUUUAUUGUGCGUUGGCGGGCUGCAUUUUAUAUUCAUAAAGAAUAUUGUGGGCCGUGCUGAAAGUAGGUUACUUGCGGACCAGACCGUUAACCAUUUGUUUAGACUACACCUUGUUCAGUCAUGUUACCUCAAUAGCUAGCUAUAGCUAACAAACUGGGGCGCGUUCAGCAGGAUGCAACUUUUUGGAAUGUUCAGAUAGAAAUAUGCUAUGUAGAACAAACAUGCCUCUGACAUUUUGCUACUGAAUGUGUGUGUGUGUGUG